AUGAGAUGGGACCCUGAAGAAACGAGAAUCCCUCGCUUGAUCCCUCCCCUCUUUCUGCUACUCUUCUUCGUUGCUCCCCUCGUUGUAGAAGGUCGGCCUGGGCCCCGCGUGGCUUCUCCCAAGCCUGAUCCGUCCGAUGCUGCCGCCACUGCCCGCUGGCUGGCCGCCCAGAACUCCUGAGGUGUCCUCAGGUGACCUUCUGUUUCUCCUCACUAAUGUGUUUGAUCGUGUUUUGACUGGAAGGGCUGUAGAAACCUUUUCUAUGGUCUUCUCCAUUUUUCAUUUGGCGAUUGCCUUAGGUUUUCAAUUUCAUUCUCAGUUAGGAUCUUCCGUUCAGCACUUAAGCAUGUACCUUUUAGGUUUCCUGUUACCCUCCUCACCACGUCUUCUGUGAUCGUUGUCUACGCACAGGGGUGUUGACGUGGGGCAUUGGUGACUUUGGUCUAAAUUAAUGAAAUUAUAUUUACUUUUAAGUGAUAAAAUUUAAUAAACACAAUCCGUUGUCUUUUACUCUUUUACUUUAAGACAUCAGGAUUGGGGGAUGAUUAUGUGGAUUCAUGCGGUUCUUUGUGAUUUUUCUGAAGUUUUUUUCGAAUUAUCGUCCUAAGGUCUUUGCAUGACUGUACAACAAAUUUAACAGAAGCAUUAGAUCAUUUUCUCUUUUUUCUCUAUCUUCCCUUCUCAUGCUACGUGUCUAUUAACUUUCGUUUACAUUCCACUACCAUGUAGAUAUCUGAAAGUGUGUUCCCCCCUCAUUUUACCAUUUCUCCCAUCCCAUUUCCUUCUUGGUGAUGAACAUCCGAUGAUCCAGAUGAAGAUGCCCCAUUGUUGCCGGAAGUUUUUGAAAAAAUUGUGAACCUCGUAGAACUGUUAGUGAUUUUUCCUUCCAUGCGUUCUUUUGAAAAAAAUCUGGAAACUGGCUUUCAAUGUGAAUCCUGCAUCCUUGGGGGCAGCAGUGAUUAGGGAAUAAUAUGGGUACCCUUGAAUUAUCGUGGUAAUAUAUUCCCAGUCUCGUCUAUGUGUUAAUAGUUAGGUCCUGUAGUGCAUCCAUUGAAAUCUUACACCUUCCUUCUUUUUUCCUUUUGCAGCACAAUAUCAGCUGAUUUACAAGGAGCCCCAUUCGGGUAAUCUUGACAUACUCAAGAAUAGCAGAGUAGAAUUUACUGAAGAACAGUGCUUUCUAAUGUGUUACUCAUAAUGAAAUUUCAGAAAUGUGGUUUCGUUUAGCGAUGGAUUACCAGGCAAAGGGUGUGGUAUUCCGUAGUUUUAUUUGACAACCCUUGAUCCCACGGCUAGGGAUGCACUGAAGGAUGAGAGGGCUUCAUUCACAGUCAGUGAAUACCCUGUUGGAUCUUGUGGUGGGACAGAUCCAGAGAAUCCCACAUGCGCAAAGCUUACCCUUACGGAAAAGGUGAGAUUCUGUACUGAUUUCAAACCCAGAUAUAUUUAAACCAUAUAAAUCCUUGUAUUGAAGAUUCCCUUGGUGAACUUGACUUGGCCUUUUAUCUCUGGAUACCAGUGCCUUUGUGGUUGCAUUGAAUCUGGGGAUCGCUUGCAUUUCUAUAUCUCUCAAAUGUCUUCCUCAUUCUGUCUCAUCCAGAUCUAGCACUGCAAUUACAGCUUUCAUUUAUAGAUCUUUCAAACAAUGCCUUCGUCAGUCUUUCUCUAUGGGGAGCCAACCUGUAAAUAUUUAGAUCGCCCACGGUAAAUGUGAUAUCAAAGACAGAUUGUUGCACCACCACACUUUACAGUAGAAUUGAUGAGAACAGGAAAAUUUGCUUUAUCUCUUUUUGGUUUUUGGGUGCACAUGGGAGCCUAUCUCACAUCAUUUCACAUGGAAUGAAGCUUUGAAGACGUGAAAGAAAAUUACAUCUUUUUCUCUUAUAGUUUUACAACUUUCAUUGGAACUCUGAAGUCCUGCAUAUACUUGAAUUUCCCUAGAGUGUCGAUCGUUUCUUAAUAUGGACAAGAAAAUACAUGCACAGAUGUUACGGGGAUUUCAUGCCUUCAUAGAUCGAAAUGCCAUUUGAUCGACAGUAGCAUGAGCUAUGCAUACUACAUGAUAAUUCCUUAAUUAAUUUGUUCUAGCAUAUGAAUAACCCAAUUUGACAGCAUGUCAGUUUGAUCCGAAAUAAAACCUUUUAUGCGACCGAACUGCAGUGGAUGUCAAUCUCCUUAAUGUGGUCAAAUAUUCUGGACGAACCUGUUAUUUUCACAAAAAAAAUCAGAACCAUUUUCAUUUCACUGAAAUUAUUGCGAAAAGCUAUGAAUUUUAGGUCACGAACACACCAUAGUUGCAUUUUCAUUUCUUGCUAUUUGGAACCUUGUCAGAUGCCAUGUUAUUACUCUCAAUUCAAUCUGUCUACAACAAUGCAGCUGAAGUCUGUCGAUGGUGAUUCCGCUGAGGGGCAAUUCGCCAAGUCAGCACUGUUUGCAAAGCAUGCUUAAAUAAAGUGUAAGAAUCUCUCCUCAGUAGGCACCUUUCUCACCAUUUUUUCAUCUCAAUUUACUUCAGAUUGAAUGUGCAUUCGAACACACAUCAAAACCCGGCCCGGUUUUGGGGAUCUGGCAGUGGAUUCAGCCUUGACCCUUGGCUAUCAUGGUCGGGCCGGACUGGGUUUCACAAGGACCCGGCCCAUCAGACCCAUUGACGUCCCUGACCAGAGCUAGGAUACACCCUGAUCUGAUUUCACCUUUAUAUUUCUAUGGCUCCCAGACUGGCCCAAGAAUCACAACUUCCAGAUCUUCAGGCUCGACAUAGAAAACAUAUUUCUGAUCGACUGGUUCGGCGGCCCCAAACCUCUCAGCUUGGACCAGUACCUGAACCCCUCUGGCUCAUCUAUCUCCGUCUAG